AUGAAGGAGCGGGCGCUCGCGCACCAGGUCCAGGCACUGCUCAAGCGCUCGCCCGGCCUCUGCGCGCCGAACGUGACAGUGCACGUCGUGCACGACCUCAACGUGACCAGCGAGCGGCUUGCGUCGCUCGCGGGCACGAGCGAGGCGGCGCCGGGCGGGCUCAGCGUCACCUUCCACGGCUACGACGGCGUGAGCGACUUCUUGGGCAACGACCGGCGCUGGGCGCUCUUUGCCGACGUCAUGAGGUCGUCGCCGUGGGACUGCGCCUAUGCGAUCGACCUCAGCGACGUCGCCAUCGGGUGGCUCGAGUCCGCGACGCGCCGGACGGGCUGGGAGCAGCACCUCGGGCCCGACCUCGCCGAGUACCAGCGUGUCGUCGCGCGAUACGACCUGUUCAACCGCUUGGCGUCGGCGGAGCAGCGGAUGGCGCCGGGGAGCGAUAUGGUGCUGUGGACCGUCGAGGCGCUCAAAUACCCGUCGCUGCGAGGCUACCCCGACGGGCCAGCCAGCUUGCCGCCGUGGGCGACGCCGCACACGGGGCCGCGAAAGGUGUGCCCGGACCACAACUGCCGGCACAGCUUCCUGAGGAAGACGCGCGGCUACUACUGGUUUGGGCACAAGGUACCGCAGGGCUGGAUCAACGAGUACCUGCGCUUCUACCAAGAGUGCGAGGUGGGAGGGGGCGGCGAGGGCGGGGAGGAGGGGGCGAGGAGAACAGACGGAUGA